AUGAGCAACGACACGGUCGGCUCCCUUCUGGCUGACAUCGCGAACUCCAUCAUCGACAGCCUACGUGUGCUGCAAUGCGCCGACAAGUCCCAAUGGGGCCCCGACGAGCAUGAGCAGCGUCGCCGCCUCGAGCACGCGCUUGAUGAGGCCAAGAAGGACUACCAGGAGCUAUCCGUGCUGGUCAAUGGCCAGCGCUAUUAUCAGUAUGAUCGCAAGCCCGAUUCUUUGAAUGAGCUGCGCACCCUCAAGACCAAUUUCCAGUUUCACACCACAAAUUUCCGCGACUGGGCUCGGCAGGGCGGCCCCAUUAACCCCAUUUGGGCUCGCGACACCCUUGACCUCCGCCGCCAACUCCAUCGCGCCCAAUGUCGUGCCGCUCGUCGCAUCUUCGCUACGAAGCAGGAAGCUUCUUCGAGCCGCUGUCUCGGUGCGUUUCUCGUCUACCGCAAGCAGCGCGCAUGGACUCUGCGUGACCGCAAAAAGGCCGCCGAAGCGUCCAGGGCAGCCGCCGGUGCGGCGGCGCCUGGUCAAGAACCACAACAGCCCCCCACGCCUCGCACGCCGACCCAGCCGCACCGACAUCGUCGCCAGGGCUCGACGCUUGUUCCCAAUGAUGACCGCAUCGCCGAUUCGGCUGCUGACGACAGCAUUGAGGACCAUCGUCGACACCUCGAGGAGCUGGCCGCCUGCAACGCUGUUGGCAACUUUGAGCGCUUUGGCGACCGCGAUAUUGCCUUUGUUUGCGAUUUUUGUGAUGGUCAUAUUGUUUGGGAGGAUCUAGAGGGAAUGCCAUCGCUGCGCACCGUGGACGAGGAGCUUGUAGCGGCUGCCGCCGUGGAAACACCAGACGUGGCCGAUGCGCCACCAGGCCCGAGGAUAGCGCAGCCCUUCCCCCAAGAGACGCCACCGGGCAUAGUGCACUGGCAGGCGACCGGGUUCAGCGUGUCGACGCAUACGGAGAAGAGCGUCGUCUUUGCGCCGCUGGCGAUCGCCAACCAUGUCGCCCCAGCGCAGGGUGACUGGGUUGCGCAGCUACGAUGCCCGGCGUGUGAUGAGCCGCCAGCCGACUACACGCCACCCGAAGGCGAGGAAGAGGACGAAGGCGGCGGGUGGCAUGCCGACGCUGACUUGGUGCUGGACGAUCUCGGGGCGCUGGAGGAGCACCUGGCAUGGCAGCACACGGCUUUGGGUCUGCCAAGCGUGCCGGUGCCGUCAGCGCCCGCAAGUUGUGUGUUAAUGUGA